AGGAAGGAAAGCACGGAGCCAUCUCUAUGAGGUGGAUGAGUCCUCCAGCCGUUGACUGUGAUUCUUUUCCUCGCCAUGGCCGUGUCUUUAGUCCUGCCCACCCCUUGCUGCACUUGGAGCAGGAGCUGAUGGAGGGGGGAGCAUAUCAUUUCCAACAAAGAGCCUCUGCGAUGGCCGUUUGUGCCUGGAGGGAGAAACGCAUCAGGCUUUCGCUGGCAAGCAGCAGCCUGCAGUCCGAGGCUGCUUAAGAGCUGGCCCUCCUUGGUGUGUGCGCGCAUGUGAGUGUGUGUGUGUGUGUGUGUGUACACGGCUGUGCGCUCACAAAUCAUCCUCCUGGUGGAGAGGCUCCUCACCUCUCAUCACAACAAGGUUGGCUAUCUAGAAUCCAAUAAUGUUUCGCAAAAAGAAGAAGAAGAGGCCAGAAAUUUCUGCACCAAAGAACUUUGAACACAGAGUCCAUACCUCUUAUGACGCUAAGCUUGGGAUCUUUGUGGGCCUACCAACACAAUGGCAGAGUCUUAUAGAGAACCUGCGAAGACCCAAACCCAUGGUGGACCCCUCCAGAAUAACACCAGUGGAAUUAAAACCAAAGAAGACAAUUGUGCGUGGGACAUUCGUCGGGCACGGAGCCUACAUUUCAGCCAUGCUGUCGGAUAUGAGUCGUCUGUCAGUAACCAGCUCCAACUCCCUGCGCAAAAGCAGCCCUUCGACUCGUAAGAGAGCCCAAUCUUUGGGACGCCUUGGUGAAGUGAUGGAGGGUGAUGGUUACCAGUAUGAGGACCUGGAGCGCACUGAGCUUGACCCAGAUUCCCAGAACCACUGGCGAGACCAGAUACGGAACAUCCACAGUGAAAGCGGGACCCCGUUUAUGGGUAUGAAGAAGAGCAUCACCCUGGAACCCAACGGCAUCCUGCCUAGAGCUAAAUCCACUUACGAGGUUAAUGUUAACUCACUAGAGGGACAUCCUCCUCCUCCUCCUCCUCCCAUCCUACCCAUGCCUCCACCACCGCCAAUCCCAGUGCCACCCAGGCCAGUUUAUGUGGGUGGAGAUAUUAGUAGUCCUAAUGAAAGACUGAUGAUGAGAAGGGAGUUUCCCAUAGUACUGUCUCACAACCCAAGGCCCAUCACCUGCUUUUAUAGUCCAACUAUACCCAUGCAGCAAGGACAAGCAGAGAGCGGAGGGUUUAAUACAGAUAUAAGAACUGCUGACAGGUUCCUGGUUCAUCCACAAAACAGUCCUGGGAGACCGUACUCUUCUUAUGACCUAAAGUUACAGGCAGAUACUCUCCUGAGACCUCAGCCGGGCUUCUUCCACAGUGGAGCUAGCAGUCCAAUGGUGAACACCACAAGGCCUCACAGAACCGUGCGGUCAUCCUCCAGCUACACAAUCGGCCUCUCUCCCAACAUCAGUUUCCGGCCCUCAGGCCCUGAUCCUUUUCUGAGGCAUUCGGGGUGCCCCAAUCCAGGCCUCUAUCCCAGACAGGACAGCCCAUCCCAGCCCCGGCCUUCGCCCACUGGCUCUCUGGCCACCAGUCCAGCUGGAACUUGUUCGCCAGCCUUCAGACCACAGCAGCACCCAUCCCCCCGGCCUCCGCCUGACCCACCCAAAGUCACCCAUGAGCAGUUCAAGGCAGCCCUGCAGAUGGUGGUGGACAAGGGAGACCCACGGUCCUACCUGGAGAAUUUUGUCAAGAUCGGCGAGGGCUCCACCGGGGUGGUGUGUAUUGCACGAGAAAAGCACAGUGGCCGUCUGGUGGCAGUAAAGAUGAUGGACCUACGCAGGCAGCAGAGACGGGAGCUGCUGUUCAAUGAGGUAGUGAUUAUGCGGGACUACCAGCACAGAAAUGUGGUGGAGAUGUUUAAGAGUGCACUGGUGGAGGAAGAGCUCUGGGUUAUUAUGGAGUACCUCCAGGGAGGAGCUCUGACAAACAUAGUGUCUGAAACCAGGUUGAGUGAAGAGCAGAUUGCCACGGUGUGUGAGGCUGUCCUGCAGGCACUGGCUUAUCUCCACUCACAAGGUGUUAUUCACCGUGAUAUCAAAAGCGACUCCAUCUUGCUGUCCUUGGAUGGAAGGAUUAAACUUUCAGACUUUGGCUUUUGUGCUCAGAUCAGCAAAGAUAUUCCUAAAAGGAAGUCACUAGUAGGGACACCAUAUUGGAUGGCCCCUGAAGUUAUCUCAAAGUCACCAUAUGGCACUGAGGUAGAUGUGUGGUCUAUGGGCAUUAUGGUAGUGGAGAUGGUGGACGGAGAGCCUCCUUACUUCAGUGAAACACCCGUGGUGGCAAUGAAGCGGCUGAGAGAUGAGCCUCCACCCACUAUACGGAACAUUCAGCAGGUGUCUCCAAUGCUGAAAGACUUCCUGGACCGCAUGCUGACCCGAGACCCAUUGGAGCGUGCUAGCGCCACAGACCUCCUUGAACACCCUUUCCUCCUGCAGAGCAGCUCUCCACAGUGCCUAGUGCCCCUGGUCGAGCAGUACCGCAAGCGCAUGUCUCGCUGCUGAGUUCUUUAUUCUUCUUGUCUCUUUCACCUCUCCAAAUACUUGCCAUCACAGGCUCUUGGGACUCAAGACCUGAAAAUCCUUGGUGCAAAUGAAUACAUAAUAUCGUAAGCUGAUACACAGUACAGCUUUUAUAGACUCACAGACAAGAGCACUUGUUAGCACUUGCACAUGCAAGCAGGAUGACCUUGGCUAAUGUACUGUAGAUGGGGGCGAUCAUGAAUUGCGGCAUAUGUAACAGGUGAUUUUUGUUGUUGUUGUGAAGACCUCAUACUGGGGAUAAGUAGUGCUUAAUUAAAAGCCUGUCACUAAGACUGUUUUUAGCACUGAUGAGCUACUCACUAUGUUUAAGAAAAGACAUUUUCAUGUUAUCAUGAUGCUUGUUGGCCAGAUUAGGUCAGUAUUUUGCCAGAAUUCCUAGCACAGUGAGACUACUGCACCUUGUCCAGGAUUUGCAUGCCAGUGGCAUUUGUAGGCCAAAUUUAAGGUAGACUUGAAACAGAGCUUAGAACAUUGUCAUUGACUGUCGUUCAGCUCCUGUGGUGGCGACUGUUUUUAAUGAGCCAUUGGAACCAACUGUAUAUUCUACUGAUUUAUCUAUUUAUUAUGUUUAUUUAUUGAAUUUUUUUUUUCAAUGGACUAAACAUCUGCUUUUCACAAGGCGGUUCUGAAUCAUCCGGAAAAAUUUAUACACUGUAAAUAUUGCUUCUUAGCUCGACAGGUUGACUUUUUAAAGAGUAACUAAAGAAGGAAUAAUGUGUAUAUACAAUCAUGUUGAGUCAAUCCUGUAUUUGCAUUCUGAUCAUUAUGACUGAGUGGGAAAGGUACAUAUGAAAUAAGUCAUCUGGCUUUAGUGUGUUUGUUUACAAUGUGUGUGUGUGAGAGAGAAUGAGAGAGUGUAUGUUUACACUUGGGAUGUGAUAUUCAUGUUGGCAUUUUCGCAUCCAACCUGUUGUACUGUGACUUAUUUUCUUAACAGUUCGUGGAGUUUUCAGUGGGAGUGUGUGAAUCUGUGUGCGCUAAGGAAUGGCAGGCGAUUGUGGUUAUGUUCAUAGAAGUAAAGCACACUGGAUGAUACGUGCUGAAUGGUUUCUCACCAGCUGUGUACAUUCUGUACAUCAUCUCUAAAUUUCUUGAACAAUUCAGCUUAUUCCAUUGUGAUUUUAUUUAUAUGUCAGUUGCUCAUGAUGAGAAAAAUUAAACCUAAUUUCUUUUUUUUUUC